AUGUUAGUUGAGUCUAUUGAGUUAUUAGCUGAUUCAUCCGUAUUUAAAUAUUAUAGCAUUGAAGCUAUCUCUAAGCUAGAAUCGCAUCUUCGCACCUUAGUUUCUCUUAUAGAAGUAAUUUGCAAAAAUGAAAUUCGGCUUCGACAUGAUUUGAGAGAAAAAAUUUAUGCUCAAUUAGGAAAAUUUGCUGAUAUACAUUUUCGAUCAACUGAAGUAAAUGAAGAAGGUUUUAAUAAAGUUUUUAGAUCAAAAUUUGAAGAGUUUAAUCCACGUUCAAAUGAUGGUAACAUUCAUAAGGAUGGAAAACGUAAUUACAAUAUUGAUUUUUUGUUAUUACACUUGCGCGAUACUCUUCAUUGUAUGAGAGAUGAUGAGAAUAAAUUUUUGGAAAUAUGGAAUAGAAUAAAAACACUCCUUUGUAUGAUAUUAGGUAUUGCCCCAGGACUUGUAAAAACUGGAAUUUCACAUGGUGCAGAUUUACCUAUAGAAAAUGGUGUAGAAUUACUGUUUAAAUGUUUACAUGAAGCUUUUAAUUGGAAGUAUCCAAUCCCUUCAUGGUAUUAUGAAUGGAGAACACUACUUGAACUACAUUUUAAUAUUCAAAAUUUUCUUCAAGAAUGUUCACUUUCUUUAAAAUAUGGUGAAGGCUUAUUACUUGAAUGUUUAUGGCAUUGUGUGUCAAAAAGUUGGUCAAAUCCAAUAUCUCAAACAGAGUAUCUUAUAAAUCAGAAACAUUUUAUUAAUAAUCUUUUGGGUAAAGAACCACUUGCAUUUCCACAUUCCUUAUGGUUUGGAGCUCUUGAUAUUGCACAAGACUUAAUUACAAAAACUCAAAAAGAUUCAACAUUAGGUAUUUGUUAUUAUUUAGCAUUAGAAUCUUUGCAAAAAGCAUCUUCAUCUUUUAUUCGUUUCAAAGCUAUAGAAGUUCUAAUUAAAUUAUCAAAAAGAAAUACACUAUUUUACAACAUUAUUGAAAAUGAUUUUAAAGAUUAUAAAUACUCUUUAGAUUCAGUAGAGGGAUUAAAGUUGCAUCAUAUGAUUGAAGCAAUUCGUAUAAAAAUUUCGCAAGAUGAAAAAUUAGUAGACUCUAACAAAAAUAAUAUAUGUAAUUUAAAGGAGAAAGAAAAGGCUAUUACAACAUACGGAUUAACAUUGCCUCAUACUAUAAUUCCAAGUGAUAAUUUGAUUUCAGAUAUUGUUACUACAGAAUUAUCUUGUCCAGUAACUUAUCAAAUUCCCAACAACUUCCAAAUCUUACCCUGUGAACAUUUAAUUAGUCCCGAGGCAUUGCAACAAAUUAUUAAUAAAACAUCGCAACCAACUUGUCCACACUGUCGGAAAAUAAUUGAUUUAAAUUCUGUGAUUAAUUUGCCACAGUCAGCAAUUUAUCAAGGAAUCCGUAAUCAUUUGCCUGAAGACAAUAAGAAUAUUGCCCAAGAUAACAAUACAAAUAUUUCAGAUGAAAGUAGUGAUGAAGAAGAAAUUAAUAUCUCUAAACUCAAAUCUCAACAAAAAUUUAGGAUAUCUGAUUCAACAAUAAAAAAAUUCUUUAAGGCACCUAAAUUUUUUAAUCUGUCUUUAAGAAAAGCAAAUGCAGCAUAUAAGUUGGGAGAGCUUGAAACGGCUAUUAAUGCAUUACAGAAAUUCUUGAAGAAUAUCCCACAAGCUAUUCAUUACGAUGUUAUCGGGCCAAAAUAUAUAUAG